AUGACUACGAUGUCCGAUCUUUCGCAUGAUUUGGUAGAGGAGAUAAUACGUAGGGUUUCUAUAACUUCUCUAGGAGCAGCGAGAUCCACUUGCAAACUAUGGAACGCUUUAUUCAAAGAUCAGAACUUCACAAAGCACAGUGGUACAUCAUCAUCAGCCAAGGAGAUUAUGCUCAUCAUGAUCCGUGGUUGUAGAGCUCACUUAAUGAGUCUCAAUCUCUAUGAUAUUCAUAACCGCAAAGGGUGGAUAGAUGUAUCUGUAAAGGAGAUAGGUAAACUUAACCAAGUGGAGAUCAUUGAAGUGAUUCAUUGCCAUGGUUUAUUGUUAUGCGUCACUAAGGAUCACUCGAGGCUCCUGGUUUGGAACCCGUCCGGAAAUAUCAAGUGGAUCCACCCCAAAAGCAACAAUUUCCAUACAUUAGACAGGUUUGCUAUCGGAUACGACAACAACAACCACAAAUUCAAAGUCUUGAGGUUUUACUAUUGGAGUUCACACAUUGAGUAUGAAAUCUUCGACUUCAAGUCUAAUUCAUGGAGGGUUCUUGAUGUCACUACCGACUGGAAAAUACAUCGUCGGGGUGUGUCUUUGAAGGGAAAUACUUACUUUAUUGCUCAUGGGAGAUUGCAAGUGGAACAUGGAGAGUUUUUACGUUGUUUUGAUUUUACAAGAGAGAGAUUUGGACCGCGUCUUCCUCUGCCAUUCCACUCUUGUCUUGACGAUUCUGUAAUUCUAUCUACUGUUAGAGAAGAGAAGCUUGCAGUGUUAUUAAAGAGGUUUGGUGAAUAUGAGAUUGGAAUAUGGAUCACAACUAAUCUUGAGCUCAAUGAAGUGUUGUGGAGCAACUUGUUAAAGGUUGAUGUGGAACUAUACGCCAAACCAUUUAGGUUUCCACAUGGGAGUUUCUUCGUCGAUGAGAAGAAGAAAGUAGCAGUGAUUUUUGAUAUAAGUAGGGAAACGUGGACCAACUACGAACCUUACAUGGUUCAACAGGGUGGAUACUACACUGGAGUGGAUCUCAAAGAAUCUGACCGAUGGAUGCUUAUGUGCUCUUAUGCUCCAAUUUUAAUGCAUAUCCAGUAA